AUGAAAUUUUCAAUUAAAUAUAAAGUAUUUAAUUUCCAAAUUAUAAUUAGGCAAGGAUCUUUAUCAACAGCUGCAAAAUAAUUUGCAUCUUCAGAGAAACAAAAGAUAGAGCGCAAACCUUAUCCUUUAAUUAAUACAUCUAUUUUUUUAAAUUUGGUUAAUUCCCAUCUAAUAAUUUAAGUCAAAGAACCAGAUACUAAUUAUAAACCAUCAGGAGAUAUUGA